AGAUACAAACCAUCUGAACACAACUUAAUAUAUAUUGGGUGAAAGCUGCAGUAACAUGCAAGUGAAUAAAUAAGGCUUUAAGAAUAACAAAAUUUUGAGCUGUCCCAAUUGCUGGGAUACCCUGCUUUCCUUGUUCCUCAUGAAAGGAAUCCAAAUCUAGAGAAAAAAAAGUAGAAUAAAGAGGUCUUUGAAGACAAAGGAAGACUUUUUCUCCAUAAGCUCCAGCUAAUCUAACUCAUGUAUCAUACAACAUUAAGUAUUAGGUUUCUUGCAUCCAUCUCCUUUAUAGAGAUUCUCACGUUGGACUCCAUACUUUGCUGUUUUCAUGAAUUCUCUGUGUUUGUAUCAAACUCCUUAUAAAAGGGUGUCCCUUGUUUUCUCAUGAAGAUCAGCCAUCUCUAAUCUGAAAGUAGUAAUUAACUAAAAUUGUAAAAGAUGGCUAAAAACAUUGGCAUUCUUGUUUGCCUUCUUCUUGUGAUUUUGGAUGUUGCAGCUGGUAUACUAGGAAUUCAAGCUGAGGUAGAGCAAAAUAAGGUUCAAGAUUUGAAGGUGUGGAUCUUUGAAUGUAGAGAUCCAAGCUAUUAUGAAGCUUUUAAGCUGGGAUUGGCUGCAACAGUACUUUUGGUUCUGGCACAAGUUAUUUCUAAUCUGCUUGCUGGUUGUAUUUGCAUCCAGUCUAAGGAAGAGUUGGAUAAAGCCUCUUCUAACAAGCAACUUGCUUUUGCUUCCUUUGUAUUCCAAUGGAUUAUUAUGGGCAUUGCAUUCUCAUUGCUGGUAGCUGGAACAUUGUCAAACGGGAAGGCAAGAAAAUCUUGUGGCAUAUCACACCAUCGUUUCUUUUCGAUAGGAGGAAUAUUGUGCUUUAUCCAUGGACUUUUCUCUGUUUCCUAUUAUAUCUCUGCCACUGCCACCAUCCAGGAAGAUAAGAAGCUGAAUCAACAUGGAGGUCAUGCAUGAGUACAAAAAAAUUACUCUCUUUUAAUACACAGCCUUCACUAACGAGAAGUAGAUUAACUCAGUGCUUCAUACGAGAGAAACCAAAGCAGAAUAUAUAUGGAAAAUUCAUUAUAACCGACUCCCAUAUAUUCCUUUUAAAAAAUCCUAAUUUUCAUGUAACGUUUUAUUGAAUUUAUUUAUGUUAUUUUGAACAUUUUCUUUACUCUAAUGUAAGUUUUACUACAUUGCUGAUGGAUUAAAUUUUCCUACAAAAUUCCUUGUAAAUUUUUUUACAUGUUUUCCUUAUCGUUAGUAUAAUUACAUGGUGUGAUUUGUGGUUCUAGUUGAAAGAAAGGCAAUUUCCCCCCUAUGAUAUGCAUGGAAGGACCAUCAAUGCCCAAAUAUCAUAUCAGAGGAGCUCUACUACUACACCCCUAGUCCAGUGACUUCUAAUGGAAUGCAAAACCGCAGGGUACUUAAGGGACCAAUAUAUGUCGAUAGCACAUUUACUUGAUCCAUCAAUUUCAUUAUCCAGCUUUGUUCAUAAUAUUUCCUAGCCAAACUGCAAUAUCAGCUCUGUCAUUUCUCCAAGAAGAAAAAAGAAGAUAUUAAAAGAAUUGUUGGUGGGGGAUCAGGAAGAUCGGAUCAUACUUUUACUUGUACAAUAUUCAAUGUAUUUUCUGCAAAUCGUUUGUAGCCUAAUUGCAAUAUGAUAUCAGUACUUCUUUGCCUAUUAACAUCCUUGCUGUUACUAAUCUAUCCUUAUGCAUGCUAAUAGUAUACUAAUUAACAUUCAAGUACUUAAAUUUGAGUCUGCAGGACGGCUAUGUACAUUUUGAAUGUUAGGUUUGGUCAUGUAGUUCGUGUAUUGCAAGCCGGAAGGACUUAAGACAGGAGAUAUACUGAAACUUCACAGCAGACGUAGAAUCUUUUAUGGGAAACAAAUUAAAGAUUAGGCGUAACAUCCAAAAUCAUUCUUCACAACUGGAUUCAGGAAGUUUUCGUAACUUACAGAAAGUAAUAACACAGUAUAGAUAAGCUUUUUAGCCCAUGGUGGCCAAAACAUCAUUUAAGGUAGAUACAGUAUCGGCAUAGUACUUCU